AUGUCACAAGCUGGUGCAGAACACCCCGAGGCAUCAAACUCAGAUGCGUUUCUCCCCCAGAACUUAUCCUUACCGUCAUAUGUGCCAUUAAAUCGUAACUUCCAUCGUGACUUUGACAAAAUCUUUCGUACCAAUGCCAGUACCGAUAUGACAACGCCAGCAAUCAAUCAGCAUCGCUUGACCGCCAAGAAUUACAUAAACUAUAUACUUGAGAAUGAGUCCUUGGAAUUCGAUGAAAAGACCCUAAAUAAUUUCGCUCUUGGGUAUAAGCAAAUAUUGGAGUCACGAUGUAAUUUGAAGAAAUUUGAAUCUAUUGGUGCUGAUCGCAGAAUCACAGAUUAUUUGAAUACAUCGCAACCAUUGACGUUGGAUACACUCGACAUGUAUCAUUCCAUGAAUAAACCAAGCUAUGAAGAAUUAUUAUCCGAAGUGCACAAUUUGUCAUCUACAGCGGAAGUCCAAGCUCACUUGAAAUCAGAUGAGUUUUAUCAAUUGUUGAGAAGCAUUGCGUAUGUAAUCAAGCAUCCUGAAGAGUCAGUGCCUGAUGAAUUUGCCGAUAAUGAUGACGACGUUGGAAUUAGUGGUGGUGUGGUUUCAUUAAAAGAUCCACUCACGUUGAAUUCCUUUGUUGACCCAGUAGUUGCUCCUUGUGGUCAUACUUUUGAAUCGCUGAGUAUAUUACAACAACUUGAACAACACUCUUCAGGAGGGAUGGAAUGUCCGAUUGGGGGAUGUGAUGCCACGUUGCAAAGGGGUAAUUUGAAGCCAGACACGUUGAUGAGAAUACGAAUUAGGAGUGCCAAUAAACAACAAAAAAGUAACAGAGACUUGGAUAUUGUACACUGA